AUGGCUCGUACAAGGCCCAAAUAUUUUCACGUGACGGCUGUUCCCCGCCUUGGAUGGAUCAUCGCCACGGAUCCACCAGAAGCGCCUUCACGAGUCCGAUUCCAGCAUCGGCAUUGUAUCUUGCGAAAAAUCGUUAUUGAGACUACAUUGCUUGUCCAGUUGAGUGUCGCUGUGGCUUUCCCGCCUAUUGUAUACAAAGAGCACAAAACCGUUAAACUCAACAGCUGCGACCUUUUGACGGAUGAUGAGCAGCGCAUGUCGUACACUAGGAGCAGUUUGUUUCUAUUCGACGAGGAUGUGACUACAGACAACAGGGUGAAUCCUUCAGUUCGCGAGAGGCAAAGUGUCGCGACUGUUGUGGAGUUAACGUUUGCGAUAUGUCUUGUAGCUUGCAAGCCAUUGAUCAUGCUAAUGUUCUUCGUUAGACUACUAACUCUCAAAGAUGCUCAUUAUAGUGCUGAUAAACAGAAAGGAUCACUGGAAAAUUUCAUUCUCGAUAUGGUCAUAGAUAAGCUAUAA